AACCCAGAGGAGAUGCUGAAGUGAGUAUUCUCUCUAUAAAAGCUCCCAUCGGCUCAGUAAAGGAAAGAUUCAUUUUGGUGAAUCGGAUCAUUUGUUUUUAGUACAUGGUUUAGUGUUAUUAGGCUCGAUUGACUCGUUUACAGGAGUCGUUUAAGGACAGCAGAUUCUUCCACAGUUCGCGCCAAAAACAGUUACAGCGGCGUCCUAAAAUGCCUCCUCGCGCUAAAGCAGGUCGUGGGGCAAAGCGCAAGGUGGAUGCUGUUGUGGAGUCGGAGCCAGAGGCAAAGAAGGAUAAAACAACAGAUGCCGAACAGGACGAAGGCCAAAGAGUGGUCAUCGAACACUGUAAAAGCUGACGAGUGUAUGGUCGGAAUGCCGACAUGGUCCGUGAGGCUCUCCUGGCUGUACAUCCCGAGCUGCGUGUGGUGCUCAACCCCCAGAAGCCUCGUCGAAACAGCUUUGAGGUCACCCUAAUGGAAGGAGACAAAGAGGUGGUCCUCUGGACUGGCAUCAAGAAGGGUCCUCCCCGUAAACUAAAAUUUCCAGAUCCUGCUGAGGUUGUGACUGUGCUUGGCGAUGCCCUGAAGAGCAACUAGAGAUUAGUGAGGAGAUGGUCAAUCAUCUUUGGUUCUAUGUAUGCAUAAUGAUGAGGAUGGACCAAAUGGACGACUUCCAGUCUGUUCUCUGAUGUUUUUUGGCAACUAGACCCUGGAUGAUUGCAGCCUCCUUGUGAUCUCUUGCUUAACCUCUUAACUCCAAUUCUUGUUAUUUAGAUCUUGUGAUCUAUUCUCUCACUUUUUCUGUUUUUCUGUGUGGUUUUCUGUAUGUUAUGUCAUCUAAUAAAGUAGGAUUUUUCAAUAUAGCAGGAUACAUUGGACCAACACUGGAAAUUGUUCAGUGGGAAUAUACAAUCCUUUUUAAUGGUUUUGCGGUUUGGCCUCGCGUGCAUGGCUAACUGAGUGAUUCUGCUUUUGUAAAAAAUAAAACCAGUCUGGAUCUGUAGAGUUGAGGUUACAGAUGUCUUGCCUUCUAACUGAACUGUUUUAGUCUGUUUUCUGUUCUCAUUAAAAAAAUAAUAAUAAUAAAGCUUCUAUAUUUGUA